AUGGCAUUGACUUUCGCACAUUUUGGUCCAAAAUCUGGUCUUCUCGUGUACAUAGACGAUCUCAUUUGUUGUUCAUCUACAUGGGAGGGCCAUAUCUCUCUUUUGGAAAAUACCUUUCAAGCGCUACAAGCCGCAGGUCUUACAUUAAAACCGUCGAAGGUACAAUUUGGGCCAAAGGAAGUGAAGUAUUUGGGGCAUAUUCUUUCCGCAGAUGGCAUACGUUUAGGUGAAGAUCGGAUAAAAUCGAUACUAGAGUUGCCAACGCCAACAAACAUCAAAAGUUUGCGAUCAGUCCUAGGAACGGUCAACUAUGUCAGGAAAUUCAUCCCAGACUUAGCCGCCGUCACCGCACCAAUGUUCGACCUUACGAAGAAAGACGCAGUGAAGUCGGUAGCGAAACGCUGGGGUCCGAAACAUGAUGAUGAAGCAUUUGCCGAAGUGAAACGAUUGCUCACCAACGCUCCGGUUUUGCAUUUUCCGGACUUUCUAAAGAGUUUGUUAUCCACGUAGACGCAUCUGAAGUGGGAGCAGGAGUAUUCCUGGCACAACAGAAUGGCGAUGACGUGAAUAUCGUAGCAUACUUUAGCCAGCGAUUCAACAAAAGCCAACAACACUACUUUGCCACC